AUGUCAAAAUUUUUAUUAUGGAAACGAAAAAUUUAUUUGUUUUUGUUCCGAGAAGAAUUUGUUGAUUUAUUCAUUUUAUCUGUGACAAGCCUAAAUUUGAGUUCAGAUUACUACAUCAGUGGAUGGCGAACACCUGAGCCAAGGACAUUAACCAUCAAUGGAAAGCUUUUCACAAUUCAAAUGAGCUGUAAAAGAAAUAAUCUGAAAUAG